AACUUCAGCUGUUGUCAGUUGUCGUCGAGCCGCCGAUCGGAUAACACGUUUCGCCGAAGAAAGGGAACAAGAGUAUAUCCCCCCCUUAAAAGUGGGCCAGCUGAGCCGAACUCCAACAGUGCGGUGUGUGUGUGUCUGUGUUUAUAUACACGCUCUGUGAGUCAUAACAUUUUGGCACGAAACGGGAAGAUUGCUGUGUUGUAAGCCUGCACAGGAAAAACCGGGAGGAAAAGCGGCGGGAAAAGCAAUUUCGACAUCAACUAUUUCAUUGCUUUAAGCCGCUUUAGUGUCAUGUGGGAAGAUUAGGGCUGACACAUGAAAUAAUCCUGACUCGGUGCCGUGUUGGACGUGUGACAAAAGGUGCCGAUCGAGAUUUCACUGAACCUCCAAGCGACUGUUGAAGGGAAAACCCUAAAAGCAAAUUGGUGACGGUGGCUUUCGAGGUUUUAGCUGUAAACAGCGCGUGCUAGUGUGUGGUAGCAUAUGGAAUGUGUUUAGUAGGGAUGAAAAUUUUCUCCAAAACGCACUAGUACACGUACCAAUCUGGUGACGAGCGUCUUUAUAAUAUAACCACUGUGUUAAAGUGUGCACGUACAAUCGGAUUCAAUUUAGAUGGUACAAUCUCGGUGAAAUUAUAUUUAAUUGAAAUUCAGAUAAUCUCGUGUAGUGUGCUGUCUCCCGUACUGUAAGCAACGUCGUCGUUUGAAAUGCUGUAGCGGAAACUCAUUUGGAUUAGGAUUUCUCAAUUUGGCUGCUCACAACAACAGAUCAAAAUGGCUCAACAAAUGAAGCUCAACAUAUUUCUGAUUGUCGCCUUUCUCCUGCUGACCAAAUCCCUGGGAGAAAACACCACAACGAUCAUCACCUCGACAGCACAAAGUCUCCUGGAGACGAUACCCACAAUGGUAACGCAACAGCCCACAUCGAUUCAGUCUACGUCAGCGUCGUCGUCCUCCUCAUCAUCGUCAUCUUCCAGCAGUUAUGUGACGGACACGCAAACCUCAUCAACCGGAUCAACCUCAACAUCCGCCACGACAAUUUCGGUGUUGGUACCGCAGACUUCAACGCUGCUACCACCACCGCUGUACAUAUCAAACUACUCGACGAUAUCGCAGAUGCCAACGUAUCCGUCGUCCCCGAUGACCACCAAGCAGGAAUCAACAGAAGUCGAGGGUGAUCUGGGACCGGGACUGGGUCCGGGUGGUCCCGAUCAGAAGGAAAGCCUUGGCAUUCAGAAGGCCAUCGAUUGGCUGCGCGAGAAGCGAUUACCCGACUACAGUUGGGGUAACGACACCCACAUGGUAAUAUUGGCCAAGGAGCUGUCCGGGGCUCGAGAUCCGGGGGACAACGACAACCACGUGCAGGAAAUUACCGAUUUGGAAUCGAUGUUGUCGAUCAAGCAGAUGGAGAUUGAAGUGUUGACGAUGGUCGAUCGACAUCACUCGAUGCCAAAACCCGUCAAUACGGAUAAGAUCGCCAAGUAUAUUCUGGCGAUGGGAGCACUCUGCAAGGACGCGAGACACUUUUACGGACAUGAUCUGGUAGCUACGCUGGAGCAUCACGAGCACGAUCAAGGACAGGAGUACGAGUUUGCCUUGACGGCUUUGGCCGUGUGCAGUUCAGCGACGCACGUGCGAAAGAGGCAAAUCCGACGCUUGCUGGAUAUCGCCAGCGGGGAGGUGAACAAUGUUGAUACGAUCGCCAUGGUUUUGUUGGCACUGCGAUGUAUCGUUACUGAUCAUCGCCAUCGGCACCUGCAGCACUUUGUGCGCCGGCCAGCACGUGGUUUGGCCACUCUUCAGGGACCUCAAGGUAGCUUUGGUUCACUUCGUAGCACGGCGUUGGCUAUGCAAGCCCUUCAAGACCUGGAACCGGAUCCAGCUGGCAAGUGGAACAGAACUGCAGCGUCCGAGUGGCUACUCUCGAAGCAACGAAUCGACGGUGGCUGGUCCGAGGAGCCCAUCCAGGAUGGUCAAGAUGCUUCCGUCGGGGUUGGCCUCACGGCGGACAUCAUCCUGGCGCUGGGAUGGAAGGGCCUCGGAGCGGUCCGAGCACUGCAGUGCGAUCAUGUGAUACGAGAAUCGUCCGACAAUGGGUACGAAAACGGUGGAUCCAAAAUCGCUGAAGUCGUGUUGCAACCCAACCUGGAGGAAAACGAGCCACGAAACGUUUCGUACACGUACACGCUGUGGGUCGGUACGAACGAGACGGAAGAGUACUCGCUGGACUUGACCUCACCCAAGAACACCACGUUCUUCCGGGCGAUGAAGCAGGCAGCGGAAAUUGAUCCCAGGUUUGCAUUUGAAGCCCGAGAAUGGCCAAACGGACAUUAUGUGCACACGUUGGCGACCAGGAAGGAGGAGCCCAAAAGCUAUCACUACUGGCUGCUGUACAGAUUACCGGAAAAGCCGGACACUAAAAAUCCACCAGGAAACCAGUUAAUUGCUCCUUUGGGCGUUGAUGAACUGCUCGUCGAGGACGGCGAACAUUAUCUGUACUGGUACAAGAAACUUUAAAGCGCUUUUCCGCUGUUGUGCUUUGCAAAGUAAGAAGUAGGACUCCUUCCUGGCCCGACGCGACGCGACGGUAUGUAUUUAUUAUAAAGCUACAACGGCAAACACAAAAGGAGGGAGAUUGUGAGGAAAAACAGUAAAAUCACAAGCAAAAGCACGCUGGCUAGUACAUAUAUUUAUAACAGCAAUGGCAGAAGAGGCGCGAUAACAGAGAUGUUCUUCUGUUCAAGAAACGGUGAGCAAACCAGCGAGGAGCAACAGGACGAGGACCCAGACACCUGAAAGGUCGCUGAAGGUUGGGCAAGGUAGACGAAACAAUGGUAUUAGGGAACAUAAAGUCGAGAUAAGAUAAGCGGAAGUGCACGGAAAGUGAGAAGAAAAUCAUCAUUAAAAUCAGAAAGUGUCUGGUAGAAAAUUAAUUCGAAAACACCUGCUUCCUACCUACCUUCGCGUGCGUACACUUAAAAGGAAGACAAAAUAGUAAGCAACUUUAAAAGCAAAUUUUGGACCCAUUUUCCUUUAGAAACCAAGAAUUGGUCUUUGCAGUCUAUCGGCUUUUGUACACUGUAUUAUAGCAAAGUAACAAUAUAAUGGCUUUCAAUUUCUACACACGGAGUCAUAAUUUUGUCCCCCAAAUUCCCCCAAUUAUGAGCUUAUCUGAAAUAAAUGUGUUGACUGUUUGAAUGAACCCCACUUGUAUAUUUAGUGCUAUUCUCUACUUUUACCUUUGCUCAAAUCGUCCUUGUUUUGGACAGCACGACGUAGGGACACCAAAUUUGUUAAUGCUUUGUACUAGUUUUAACAAGCUAUAGCAGCAUGGAAUGAUAAUCUAAAGAGAAAUUAAAUAAAAAAGCUGAUGGGACCAAGAUAAAAAUGUGUUGCUUUCUAUAAAUAAAGUGUACACAUUUGUUGCAUUUUGUUUCCAAUUGCAGGAACAAAUCAUUUCAUAGCAAUGCUGGAAUAUUACAACUCAACGUUUAUUUGCGCUUCAGGAUUCUAGCGAAACUUUUUGAAAGCGUUUUUAUGUUUUUUUUAUUCAAAAUGAUUGUAAUUUAAAAACAUUUGCUUUAAUUUAAAUGGUAUUCAUAUUACCGGAAAUUCAUAUUAGCGAAAUUUAAAUUGCCGAAAUCGCUCCUUACAAGUUGAAAAUUGUAAAAGAAAAAACAUGAGAUAAAAUUUAGCUAAAGUUGAUAGUUUUCAGAUUUCCUUGAACCAAUGUUUAAUAAAUUAUGCAGAGUUCAGUUCUGAGGACCGUGCCAUGAACUGAGAAUGAACACAGUGUGCAUUCAUAUUUUUCACAUAAGCCGAUAAAAGUGAGAGAAAUAAAUUUAUGGCACUUAAUGAAUCGGGUUGAUCAACUGAAGAAAAAAAUGUUACAAAGUUACUUUCCAAAAAGUUAAAAUGGCUAGAUUAAAUGUACAGCAAAAAUAUCUUUUAUUGAUUUUAGUGUGUUUUAUUCUUUAAACAAAUGAAGACAUUGCUGAUGAUCUCAAAGUAACAGAAAUGUAACAAAUAAAGUUUAGUUUGGACGUAUAAUCCAGAAUUGUAUCGCCAAAUUUGUGGAAUCCUGGAAUCAUAAAGACCGCUUACACAAAAAAAAAAACAUUAAAAAUAUAAAGCUAAAAUCUGAAAAGAAGGAAAGGUCCCAUCGAAAGCUGCAACUGUAUCAUAAUGUACGUACAACAUGAACCGCAAUGUUCUGAACAACAGAAUAAACAAAAUAAAAUAAUAUACACAACACAUUGAGGUACGCAGUCAUAAUGUGAUCAAAGGAAAGGUUUAUUUUAAGCAUCAAUAUCGACAAUAAUUUAUGCAUUGUAUCAAAAAGUAAAAUAAACUGAAAAGUGCGCAAAACAAGCAAACAAACAAACAAACACGACAAAAGUAAUAAAACGAGCGCUGGCGAAAUUGGAACACAAAUCUAAUUCACUAAUAAAUAGGACUUGCUAUUGUAGGACAGCAACCGACUGGCAACUGGCGAGCAAAGGGAUGUUUCGAGGAUUCAACAUUGGUUCAUCAUAGAACAAUAUUCAAGACAUGGAAUUACUUUGAAAUUAGGAAAUAGUCAUCUCAAUUGCUUCAAUCCGUUUCUGGGUCUUGAAUAUUGCUCUAUGCAAAGGCCAUUGAAUUCUCCCCAACACAUUCCCCGCGGUGGAUUGGCAGCAAAAUAAACGACGGAAGUGUUUAAUAUACAUACGUACGUAGUGCAUCUCGUUUCAGGGAGAGGAUAUUUUGUUAUCAAUUGAGUACUGGCAUAAAACAGAAGAAGAACACGGAGGGAGAAAUUAAACAUACA